CUGUCACAGAAAUUUGCUUCAAUUACCCUCCCUUUAUUUCCCUCAUUACCGCAUCAUGGAAUCUGAGUAUACUUCCGAGGAAGAUUCAGGUCAUAAGCCUACAGUUGUAACUAGGACAACGAACGCGCUGGUUAAGUACAGCCGACCAUUCUUCUCAAAACAAGCCCAGAAGGCAUAUUUGGGGACCUUGCUAUUUGUUGGCACGGGCCUAUGCAUGUUGUUUGGGUCCGCCCUCGCCUAUGGGAUUUUCUACUACAGAUUCGUUCCCCAAGUCGGCGUUGGACGCGUGGUACAUUUACAAUUCGGUGAUGGGCAUCCUUGGGGGAUCGCCUCGCUCGGCUCCGAAUUGGUCUCCCUUCAGCCAUACGACAUAAACGUGGAGCUUGAGUUGCCUCGUACCCCUUCAAACCUUGCCGCUGGGAAUUUUAUGCUCGAUCUGACUCUCCUUUCCCUUCCAUCGACGUCUGUCCUGACGGGCACGAAUAGCUCUACGUAUCCUAUCUCACGAUCGCGCCGUUCUGCUAUCCUAACAUACGCCUCGCCUCUAGUAGACACAGCCAGCAAGCUCUCACUCAUGCCGUUCUAUGUGUUUGGUUGGUCGCGGGAGGCAGAGAAACUGGUGGUACCAAUGAUGGAACGGGUUGAGUUUGCCCGCGGAUGGCGUAAUCUGCCUGAAAGUUUGCGGCUGGAAAUCCAUAGUAGCGAGGAGAUGCAAAUAUACAAAGCAACGGUGGAAUUCAGAGCUAGGUUUACUGGAUUGAGAUGGAUGAUGUACAACUGGAAGAUCACGUCGUUCUUCAUCUUUAGUUCCUUGUUCUGGAGUAUCUGUAUGACAUCGGCAAGCAUUUCUUGGGUGAUUAUAGCUUCCUUAUCAAGCACGGGUACGCGUGAACCGGAGGUGAAGGAGGAAGCGGGCGACGAAACGCCGAUCAAGCAAGAACCUUCUGAGGAAACAUCCUCUCUCAUGGAGGUACCCUCUGCUUCUUCCACUAUUCCAGAAGGGAAGCAGAGGAUCAAGAGAGAAGAUGACUAUGAGGCAGAUGACGACGAGUCCGAUGGUUCGCCAAGGGACCGAGGUACAUUAUCGUCCGAGGAGGUCGGUGCGGGGACGGGGUUGGAAAGUGCUGAGGCUCGUGGUGUUCAACGAAGGCGAAGCCGCCUGUUCAGUACCGAACAGUCCUAAUCGGCUUCGAUGUCUUUUGUGAUGAUUUUCCAAGUCGGCGUUUUUUCACAGUAUUGAUACCCAAUCAUCAGCGGGAGCCAUUGUGUUGAUCUAGAUCUCUUUGAGGCGCAAAAGAUCCUGUAGUAACACUUCGCUUAGUACGCUGAACAUAAUAUCUCUUGUGCGGAUGAUCGGGUUUACACGAGACACAUGUUAGGCUGCAAGGUGAAUUGGUGUCCAAAGUAGUGCUACGUACGGAAGGACUGGGUACAGAUAAAUAUAAAUAUAAAUAUAAAUAGUGAU